CACACACACACACACACUCUUCAGGUCCACACUUGAUUCGUGUUCACACACGGUCUGCCUGCACCAGUGGACUGUUGGUCUUUUGGAAGAUUCACACAGCGGAUAUCUUUAUUCAGAAUCUGAUGGUUUAUUAACAGAGUUGUGUGUGAGCUGAGUUACAGGAAGUGUGAUGAGGCUUGUGUGUGUGUGAGACAGAGGGACAGAAGAAGACAGAAUGAAUCCUGUGAGGAAGGACAUGGAACUGCUGAGCAACAGCAUGGCCACCUACGCUCACAUUAAAGAGAACACGGAGAGCUUCGCGCUGUACUUCAUGCUGGGCGUCUGUUUCGGUCUGCUCCUGGCUCUGACGCUCCUCAUCCUGGGCUUCGCCUGCAGGCCUAGAAGAAACGCCGUGAAGAAACCUCCCUCCCCUGACAGGAAACGUCUCAAAGAGUCCAGCGAGGAAGACGAGGAAGAACGACCGGACAAGAGCGACGAGGAGGAAGAGGUACCCGACGUCACCGUAGCGCCCGUGAGCGAGCAGAGCCAAUCCAACGGGACCUUCAUGAGCAUGAACGUGUUCUCCUCGGCUGACGAGCUGGAGCGAGCUCGCCGUUUAGAAGAGCGCGAACGCAUCGUCAGAGAAAUCUGGAGAAACGGACAGCCGGAUAUCCUAGUCACCGGGACGGGUACGCUCGGACGGGUGCACUAUCACUAGCUGGUGACGUACGAGAGAUGCAUCCGAUACGAUAUACUGGAUAUGGCGAGUAUUUUUGCACUUCGUUGGGACUGUCACACGGUGAUAAACCUCUCGUAUAUUUUGUACACGUUUAAGAAUAAACCUUUUGUACUACAUUA